GCAGUACAAGUCUUUGAGAACCAAGAAACAAGAUCAUGCAUAUUCUGAGUCUCCUGAUUGGGUUGGCAGUAUACCAUCCAAAUUUCAAUUUCCACUGCGAAACAUAUCACCAACAGUUUUAAAUAAACCAUCAAUCGAAAACUUCACUCAAAUUUUCACUCUACUUGAAAAAGAGAAUGCUUUCAGCAACCAGUGGAACUUGAUCAAGCACUCACAACCUUUCUUAAUGCUCUGCAACUUUUCAACUAGUGAUGAAAUAGCACCAGCUGCUAAGAGAACACUAAUA